GCGCCCCCCGUUGAUGGCUAUGUGUCAGGACGGGUGAGAGGUAACAAGUUGAGAGGUCAUCGUCUAUUGAUUAAGAUUGCAGAAAUUUCGAUGCGGUUUUUGCUCCGGUCACAGAGGCUCCAAUGAUGCCUCACCUCAGCGGUUCGAGUAGCGGAUGCAUCAGGGAAACCUGACCUGGAGUGAAGCUGCGCUCAGUAACGCUGCUUUGGGUUGGAUUUUUAUGCUAGCAGCUGUUAGCAACGUGCUAGCUUUCAAUAUGUCGCAACUAAGUUUUUGCAGCUAAUUUGGGUCUGACGUGACUGGUGCAUCUGAAUUUAAACUACGGCUGUGUAUGGAAAAAAACACAAAAGAUGGCUGUGUCAGCGCGGGGCCUCUUCUUCAUUAUGGCACUAUUUUUAGGUAGUUUCUUUGGAAGUAUCGUCAUGCUGGGUCCAGUUCUACCGCUCAUGCUGCUAUCUCCGGCUUGGUACCGCUGGCUUACGGAUCGAAUCGUUGCUACCUGGCUCACCCUCCCUGUGUCUUUGUUGGAGUUGGUGUUUGGGGUGAAGGUGGUGAUCACAGGGGAUGGCUUCAUUCCUGGAGAGCGCAGCGUGAUCAUCAUGAACCACCGCACCCGUCUUGACUGGAUGUUCCUCUGGUGUUGUCUGCUCAGGUACAGCUACCUUCGCCUGGAAAAGAUCUGCCUCAAGGCUGCUCUCAAGGCCUUGCCCGGCUUCGGUUGGGCAAUGCAGGUGGCCUGUUUUGUUUUCAUCCAGCGUCGCUGGGAGAUGGACAAGGCGCAUUUGGAAAACAUGCUGGACUACUUCUGUGACAUCAGAGAGCCCCUGCAGCUGUUAUUGUUCCCAGAGGGGACAGACCUCACAGAGGACACGAAAGCAAAGAGUGAUGCAUUCGCUGCGCAGAAUAACCUUCCAAAAAUGGAGUAUGUGCUUCAUCCCCGCUCCACCGGAUUCACCUUCAUUGUGGACAAACUGAGAAAAGGAGACAACCUGGAUGCCGUCCAUGACAUCACAGUGGCGUACCCCAAGAACAUCCCGCAGACAGAACGUCACCUCAUCUUAGGAGAAUUUCCUCGCGAGAUCCACUUUCACGUCCGCCGCUAUCCGGUUUCUUCGCUCCCGUCCUCGUCUGCAGAGUUGGAGUCCUGGUGUCGAGAGCGCUGGGCGGAGAAGGAGAGCCGUCUGCGCGACUUCUACUCGGGCCAGCCCCGGGGCUUCGACAGGGACGGCGUCGCGCGAGUGCCGCCUUGUAAGUCGGAGCUCCGGGUGGGUCUGAUCAAAGCGGCCUCGCUGGCGUACUGGAGCGGCUUCAUCGCGUUCUGCUUCGCUGGCCUGUGGUUCUGGCCUUCCUUCAGGUUCUAUGUCCUGUUUAUGAUUGUUUUGUUCACCGUCCAGCAGAAGCUGGCUGGAGGGCUGGAGCUGAUUGAGAUGGCUUGCCAUCGAUACUGGAAGGUAAAAGUGCAGGAAAGAAAGAUGCAGUAGAGAGGGAGACACUGUUUUAAUUGGGGAAAAGACGUUUUCACCAAUAACCAGCGGAGGAGUUUCAAGCUGAUCAGUGAGCUGAUCUGAAUCCCUUUGAGGAACAGAAGCUUUUCUGCCUCAGAGAGUAACAAGUGCAUCUUCAGAUUGCAUGUCUGGCUGCAGUGGAGAGAUUACAUUGCUGGCAAAGAAUAAAAAGAGGAAUGUUGGGUAUAUCUAUCCUUGCUGAGUUCAAGGAAUUCAUCACAUGUGAUGUUCCACUUGACCUUCGUGCAGUCAGGGUGAGAAGAAAGUACAGUCUGUUAUUUUAAGAGUUUGAACCUCUAAAAAAAUUUCACAUUUAACAAAUUAUUUAGAGAUUCCAGCAUCAUACUUUUUGUUUUUUCUUAAUGGCAAACCUGGGAAUUUAAAUAGGUUGCAAUUUCUUUUUACCACAACUGUAUAUACCUCUCUGCACAAUCCUUCUUAAUUAAGUUGCUGUUUGUGUUUUACCGGCUUUAUGUUGUCUGUGUUUAAACUUGAUUGUUUAGGGUGCUGUGUGGAAAUCUGUCAUGAAACGGUUGGUAUUUCUUAUAUUGCUAUGCCUACGAAACCUGUUUUAUUGUAUGCUGUGUUGCCGUUGGUUUUAGAUAAUGAAUGGAGCAGAGCCAUAUUAUUGUCCACCUGUAUUUGUGUAUGUAUGAUGACUUGACUUUGACCAUCAUUCGAAAAAAAAAAAAAAAAGCACUAGUGGUUGAACUUUUUAUUAGUUGUGCAUCAAGGAAAGAAAUAGUUUAAUUCCCAGAGAUUUAUUAAACAGUAUAUGUUUAGAAUUGGGUUUGCAGUGUCAUGCAGAGUCUUGAUGCCCCUUGAAGCUUUUGACAUUUUUUUUUUCCACAUUAAGACCUCAAUGUUUUUAUUAGGAUUUUAUAUGAAAGACUAACAUGCAUCCCAGUAGGACUGCUUAAGUCCUUGGUUCUCCUCUGAUUGUGAGUAUACUCUGUGACAUUUUAUUUUCCUCUUCCUUCCUGAGUUCACAACUGGUUGUUGUCCACGGGCCUCUUGGCUCCUUUACCAAUUAAUGCUCUCCUUGCCUGGCCCGGUUUACAUGGACAGCAGGGCCUGUGCAGUUGUGCCAUGCUCUUUCAAUUUAAAGACGAUCAGUGAAACAUUACGCCAUGAAUUGUUUACAGCUCAGGAAGUCGCUUUAUGUCCUACCCUGUCGGCUUUUCGUGUUGGUCCUCGCGGUCCUGUUUCUUCAGUAAUCUUUUCUAAAAUAUAUCAGAGGUCCUCGCGUAGCGACUGGAUUGAAUCCAAGCUGUUGGUUACACUGGAUUUUAUUUCCAGGUGUCAGAGUAAAUGAGGCUGAAAAAGUUCUGGUUAGAAACUGUUUUUUUUUGUUUGUUUGUUUGGGGGGGUUUUUUUAGAUAUUACUUUCCACAUAUAUGUGCCACUUCAUAUUGGUCUGUCAUAUAAAAUCCCAACAUCUUUUAUUGUAGAACAGUACAAGGGAUAUUGAAUACUCUUGCAAGGCACUGUAAUUACCCUGUUAUAAUAGUUUUUGCUCCCUCAAGAGAACUUUCUCUCAUUAUCGUAGAAGCCCUAAUUGCUCAAGUUGAUUUUGCACAGAAAAACCAAAGGUGAGAAAUGGAUAAAUGACAAAACAACAAAAAAGGCAAAUAACCAAACAGAAUGUAGUCUUUCUCUUCAGGGAGGAUCAGCUUCAUCGACCGCAGCUGCAGCUCCCUUGUGUUCUUACAAAAUCAACAAUCGUACUUGUGAGCGGCCGUAAAAGCGUAGGAGUUUUGAGUUUUAAGCCCUCUUCCUGGGAAUGAAACGAUGCCUUGUUCAGGCAGGUUCUGGGGAAGGAGGCAUGUCCUGUUGAGGCAACAUUACCCCUCGAUGUGCAGAGCGGUCCAGAGUAACCAGACUUGGAGUGGAAAAACGGCCCUGAGGUCAGCCUAAUCCAAAAAAGCUCUGUAAUGCCCACCUCUGCAUGUGUCCCUCUCCCCUGGACUGGCAUCGAUGCGCCUGCUAAACUCAAUUAGCAAGUGACAGUUGAGAAAGCUACUGUAUUUAUGCCAAAAAAGGACUGAAACUAAAACCAGUUUGGAGCAGUGCUUCGCCUGCACUCCCCUUGUCUCAAACCUCAUUGAUUCUGUAAUGAAGGAGUAACUUUCUCUUUAGGUAGCCGUAUAUAGUAACUUCUAUACGGUGUGUAUCCACCACACAAGUGUCUUCUUCUUAUUUUGUUGUUUGUUGUUUUGUUUUUUUUAAAUCUGGAGUUCCUUUUAUUUAAACACUAAAAAUGGUUGAUUCCUAUCACUGUGAUGCAGCUGUGUUAGCAGUUUUAUUAUCCACGAGUAAAGGUUUAUAUAUAUAUAUAUAUAUUUUAGUUUAUAACUCCUGAACCAGCCUCAAUCUCCAAACAUUCUCUGUUAUGUUGUCUGUUUUACAAUUACUUGCAGAUGCUGGACUUCCUAGAAGUCACCGUCCUCAGGUAAACAGUGUGGACACCAUGAAAAGGCGGUGUCUUAAAUGUAUCUCAAUAAAUCUCUAUCACCUCA